GUGUCGAGCACAACAACAGCCGAACCACAGAGUGAAACAACUGUAGACAGUGCCGUGAUUGGCCUGGUGAUCGGAAUCAGUGUGGUGGUCUUUUUCAUCAUCAUUGUCAACUGUUUCACGCUUCGUGUAUAUCUUAAAGAAAACAAAGAUGACCGUUCAUUUCAUGAGCAAGAAUUCACAUAUUCGGACCAUCGAAGUUUUCGGUAUGGUGGUGGACGCUCACCGCAACAUGGCGUAUUGAGUGAUGACAGUAUCUGGGAUGCAGAUUGCUCAACAAUUGAGUUUCAACUUUAA